AUGAAAACAGGGAAGCGGUUGAUUGUGUGCUGCGACGGUACUUGGCAGGACGGCAUCGUCGUCAACGCUAAAUGGAAGUACACGAACGUCCUGCGCCUUGCUAGGACGAUUAAGCAUGCCGAUGAACGAGUCAAUCCACCCGUGGCACAAAUAGUGUUCUACCAGUCCGGUAUAGGAUCGGCGCACAACCUCUAUUCCGAGGUCAUUGAUGGUACUACGGGAGCCUCGCUAGGCGACAAGAUCGAGGAAGCAUACGCUUUCCUGGCCCAGAACUACCACACUGGGGACGAGAUUAUCCUCUUCGGAUUCUCACGAGGCGCAUAUACUGCUCGUACUAUUGCUUCCCUCAUAGGUGACAUCGGUGUCCUAGACCGGACGGAGAUGGAUCACUUCGCCGAGAUUUUUGUCUCCCUGCAGAAACGGGCGAAAUCAAGUGAUCCAGAUGAGAUUCGGCAGUUAGACGAAUUUCUAAGCCCAUGGACUGGCCCCCGUGCUCCUGGGAUGCUCCGCUCAGAUCGAGGGCCAGAUGGCUUCUCCGUGAAAUGUGUUGGAGUUUUCGAGACAGUCGGCUCGGUCGGCCUUCCCGAAGAAUUGACUAUACACUCGGAGAAGACGAAGACCCUGCUCGGCUUCCGCGACAGGAAGCUGGGGCCCCAUGUCGAGAGGGCUUAUCAUGCUCUUGCUUUGAACGAGCCGCGCGCAGACUUCGACUGUGCGAAGUUCGAGCAGACUGAAGCCGGGAGACAGAAAGGGCAGGUUCUGAAGCAGUGCUGGUUCACUGGUACGCACCUCACUGUCGUACAGGUUGGGGGAGGAUAUCAACAACACGACCUCUCAGACUUGACGUUGACAUGGAUGGCGGCCAACAUCGGUGAUAUGCUGGACCUGAACCUUGGAUACUUGAUGUCCCUGCCGCGACCAGUGAAGCCAUGGGGACAAUUGGCUCCACACGACCCUCUGACAGGUGUCUAUAGCCUCGCAAAGACCAUCCAGCGCAAGCUUCCCACUGUCACGGACGACAUUACCCACGAAACGGUGCAUCCAUCUGUCCUGGAACAACCGCACAUGGUACCCGAGCUAGCCGAAAACAUUCAAAGGAACCCACGCCUCGUGUGCUCCCUUCUUCCGCUGGAAGAAGAGCUCAAGCAACAAUGGACUGUGUCGCCUGGGAAUGAGCGCGCGCAGGCCCAUGCCGGUGCAUAUCUCAGCGAGACCGUCAUGGCAGCUCACCACGAGGGCUCAGCACAUCGGGUGGCAUCCGAAGCGAAGAAAUGGGUGGACUUCGCUGUAGACAAUGGCACCGCCGCAGUCAUGAAGCACCUCUUACGUUGA